CGUAGGUUUGGCGCGUCCAUGUUACUAUGGAAAUAGUUGCAUGGAGACCUGAACGCCUUCUAAAGCCACAUUACCGUUGUAUCUUCAAGUUAUUACCGGGGACUGGGGAAUUCGGCUACAGCUUCCUUCAGAGAUAGAGUGAGAGCUCUCCCAUCAGUGACCCUCCAAGAUUCCUCCCUGGAUCCAUCAGCUAGCUCCCUUCAAAGAAGAUCUCCUUGUGUCUUCUGCAACACCUUUUUAACACCCCCAAGAAGUGGGAUUUAACAACAUAAGCAGCCAUGCCUCUACCUGAAGUUAUGUUUUGUUCUCAGCAAAUUGAUAUUCCACCAGAACUUCCAGACAUCUUAAAGCAAUUCACAAAGGCUGCCAUUAAGACACAGCCUCACGAUGUCCUCCAGUGGUCCGCUGGGUAUUUUGGUAGUUUAUCAAGGGGUGAGUCUCUGCCAGUAAAGCAACGAGUUGAAAUGCCAGUAGCAAAUACAAAGACUACUACCGGAUUAACUCCAGGACUUCUGAAAGUGUUGCAUAAACAACUGUCCUUGAAGAUUAUUGUAAAUGAAGAUGAACUGGAACAAAAGUGGAAAGAUCUUUGCUUACCACAGGCCCAGCUACAAAGUAUUUUGGAACUAGAUAAUUUUGGGAGAGAAGUGGAAUGGCUAAAAUUUUUGGCCCUUGCCUGUAGUACUCUCGGUGGGACAGUUUCUAUGGCACUGAAACAUACCUGUGAAAUACUAACAGAGGACCCAGAAGGUGGUGCUGCUCGUAUUCCUUUUGAGACAUUCACAUUCCUUUAUAAGUAUCUUGCCCAGGUUGAUGGAGAUAUACCAGAUACACAGAUAGAAGAGGCAAUUCUUGCUCUGCAUACUGAAGCGGAAAAGCAAGAUGGAAUGAUCCAGCCCAGAAAUUUUUUAAGUGCACUAUGUCCCCCUCUGUCUUAAAUAUUAAGUUGUAAUAUUGAUUAAACACAUGUGAAAUAUAAAUAGUGACUUUGCAGAAAGGUUCUAGCAAAAUAAAGAUGAACAACACUGAAUUGGAUUAAUAGAUGUACAAUAAAUGAAAUCGUAAUCAACUGCUGCCAGAAUUAUGAUGAAGAUUGUACAUAGUUAAAUGAAAUUUCUCUUCAUAGAAAUAUCAGCACUGUCACUGCUAUUUUGUUUGCAGGUUGUUAGUAUCCUAGCGGUCACGCUUAUCCUUCAUCUUCCCUAUUUUGUAAGCUUCUGACUUGGAACACCCACCCAAUAAAGAUAUAGGUGAGCCCUUCCUCUCAUUUAAACCCCCUCACAUGCACUUUCCCCUAACGCAGUAGCUCUGAGCUCAGAGAUUGAGAGCCCGCGCCUGUGAUGGUGAAGGUGAAACGUAAUAUCUGCAUAGGCAGUUUUUUUAGUCAACUAACCCUUUAACCACAUUUCAAAUGUGUUCUAUUUACAGGAGAGCAGAUAACAAAGGUUAGGCAGCUCAAAUAAUAUAUGAAAUGCAAACAGUUAUGCUAAAUAAAGUAAGACCUGUUGAAUCUCAA